AUGGAGAAUUAUUCUUACAGUUCUGGUUCAAGAAAAAUGAUACUGCCAGAACAAAGCCAUAGUAACGUAGAAAAUAAAAACACUAAAAAGAAGUGUGAUAGCAUAAACCUACAUGAUCCCAAGGAACAUGUUGCUUACAGUUUGUAUGAUCGUCCAGGGGGGAUUAACUUGAUGGAUCAGAAUGGAUAUUUGAUUGAUGACGUUUCUUGCUACAAACCUGGAGAUAUAAACGCCUCCUCAACGAAUUUAUAUAAUAGAGGAGGUAUGUAUAUAGAUGCCAAUAACGAUAAUGGAAUAAUAAUAAAUCCAAAUAGAACUUUUAAUAUGGGAGCCAUAACUCCAGGGGGCUCAGAAAAUUAUGACUACAUAAAUUCUUCUAUAAAUCUGAAUCAAGGGAACUAUUAUAAUCCCUAUGAAAUAAGUAAAAAUUUUGUCUCAAGUAGCGAAAAUUUAAAAUAUGAACUAAAUAACGAAAUUGAUAGGGCUCAAGUUAUUCCAAAAAUAACCACAAAACUGAAUAAUUCCUAUAUGACGAACGUAAGUAAUACGAGUAAUAUAAAUAAAGAAAUUCUAAACAAUGAAUCCAUUAAUUACAUUGAUCCAGACAGCUAUACGAAUUUGUAUGGUCAUUUAAGCGAUAAUAAUAUUGGUAUGGUGAAUGGCAUUGCCAGCAAAUCAUAUAGGGGAAAUAUAGCAAGCGCAACUAAUUCGAAAGACAUGAGUAACAUAAAGUAUGACUUGAUAAUGCAAAACUACCGCGCUUCAUUAUGCAAUAACGUAAAUAGUGUGAGUAGUCUCAAUAGUGCUCAUAAUAUGGCCAGAAUGGACCAUUUGGGUACCGAUAACGAAUUAGGAAAUAUCAAUCAGCUGUAUAGGACGAAUCACUUCGCUAGCUUGAACAGCGAGAACGGUGUGGAUGUUAUCCCCUUGAAGGAGCAGACAUACGGAACCAAUUACAACGAUGCCAUCUUUACGGGAGGCAAUUAUAGCGGUGUCAAUUUAAUAGAUGCCAAUUAUAACGGUGCCCAUUUAAUAGAUGCCAAUUAUAACGAUCCCAAUUUAAUAGGUGUCAGUAGUAACGGUUCCAUUUAUAACGCUUCCAAUUUAAGCGAUGCCAAAUUUAUGGAUGUCAUUUAUAACGGUUCCAACUUAAACGGUGUCAAUUUUCAUCCCUUCCCUAUGGAAGAGUUCCCAUCAAUGCGUCAUUAUAAAAGAGGAGCGCAAAAUUUUGGAGAAAGAGAAAAGGAAUUCGCAAAGCUUAGACUCGUAAAUAGUGAUAUGAACAUGGGAAUCCACUCGAAUGAAAUUCAUAGCCACAGACAUCCCUCUGAUCAACUACAAGCAAUUGUAUGUCUACAAAAACUGGAAGAAAUUCCAACCCCAUUUUUAAAUCUUAACGAUAUAAAAUAUGCAGUGAGUGUUUACUUCAAUUCAUAUGAUGAUAUAUUAGAAAAAUACCGAUCCAAAUUUUAUAACUGUAAACUGAACGAAUCGAAUACGUAUGCGAAUUGCGACUUGAAAAAUGAAAUAAUUAAUUUGCCAUUUAAUAAUGAAGAAUUUAUUUAUUUAAAAGUAAUAGAAUCAUCGGUGUACAAAACAGAAAUUACAGGACGAUUACAACUAAAAGUUAAAUCUUUGUCGCAAGAAUACCCUUUGAGAAUACCCAUAAUUGGAGAUGAUGGAAAUUCCAAAGGAUAUUUAAUUAUGAAUUUUUUUGUUACUUCAUCAUAUUAUGAUGUAAAAAAUGAUACACUAAUUACUGACCGAUCAAGUUUACCCAAUAGAACCAAAUCCACAAGAAUACGCAGAAAAAACAAUGGAUUCCAUUUUUUCGAAAAUUUCACAAAAUGGUGUUGUGAGAUUACAGAUCAUCAUAUAAACUAG